GGACUGUUUUUUUUUUCAAGAGGAAGAGGGGAAGCGAGGAGAGGCGGUGAUGCGCUGGUAUUUCGUUGCGGCUCUUCUCACUCUCCUAACGAGUUCACAGAGAAGAAAUAAUUGCCAGAAUCUCUGCUUGCAUUCCAGGGAAUUUUGACUACGCUAUCCCAAAGCAAUGGAAAGUACAGUUAUGACUAUGCUACCAUUCCAUUUCUUGCAGAAGUUUUCAAGCUCGUGGUGUCUAGCUUUUUCCUUUGGAAGGAGAGCCAGUCAUCUUCACCACCAAGGAUGAAUAUGGAAUGGAAGAGCAUCCGUUUGUUUCCAAUUCCUUCUAUUAUAUAUCUCAUUCACAACAAUGUCCAGUUUGCCACCUUGACUUAUGUGGAUCCAUCGACAUAUCAGAUAAUGGGCAAUCUGAAAAUUGUCACAACUGGCAUCUUAUUCAGGUUUUUUUUGAAGAGAAAGUUGACUACUCUUCAGUGGAUGGCAAUUGUUCUGCUAACUAUAGGAACAACUACCAGCCAGGUGAAAGGUUGUGGAGAGGCAUCUUGUGACUCACUAUUUUCAGCACCUAUACAAGGUUACAUGUUGGGACUCUUGUCGGCCUGUCUCUCUGCACUAGCAGGUGUUUACACAGAAUACCUGAUGAAGAAGAACAAUGACAGCCUUUACUGGCAGAAUGUCCAGUUAUAUACGUUUGGUGCGAUCUUUAACAUGGCACGUCUUAUAGUUGAUGAUUUUAGAGUUGAGUUUGAGAACGGACCAUGGUGGCAACGCCUUCUUAAUGGAUACACUGUCACAACAUGGCUAGUUGUAUUGAACCUAGGAUCUUCUGGAUUAUUAGUUUCAUGGUUGAUGAAAUAUGCAGACAAUAUUGUAAAGGUGUAUUCAACUUCCAUGGCGAUGUUACUCACGAUGCUCCUAUCCAUAUUUCUUUUCGGUCUCAAGCUUACUUUGCAGCUUUUCUUGGGCAUUAUAAUCUGCAUGAUCUCACUGCACAUGUACUUUGCCCCUCCUCACAUGCUCGUUGAUUUACCAGUAACUGCAAAGAUGGCCACAGAUAACCUAAAGGAAAUUGCCAUCGAACGAAGGGUUGAGUCAUGAUUCUAUCAAUAAAUGGACUCGAGUAUUCAGUUCUGUCAUACAAACAAGGUGCGGAAAGAUAUAUAAAUUUGUCCAAAGCUUGUUUGCUGUUGCAAUUCAGACGGCUGUUAGAUUUGUGCAUCAACACUGGACAAGCAACUUCCAGUACUGGAGCAUGAUAUGUAUCAAUGUUUCCAAAAUUGUAUCAAACUAUUCUUUCACAAAAAAAGAUUGCUAAUGUAAAUCUGAGCUUUUCUUUCAAAUUUAGGAUCCCUGACAACACCAAGUUCUUGCCUCUCUCUUUGAGCAGAACAGAUAGAAUCAUGAAGUAUACAAGGAAAAAUACUUCAUAAUAGGGAAGAACAAGAGUGAUGAGACAGCUGUUACUUGUGUGUGCCACAGCUAUAUCUAGCGUGUUUGUUCAUCUACUAUGCCUUCAUUUAUUAAUUAAUGUUUAGGACGCACCCACUCUAUGA